AUGGAGGAUCCAUCCAUCACACUAUUCACUCUCAAUGGAUUAAAUGAGACAAAAUCAGAUAAAAAUAUGUUUUUUUCCUUCACUCUAAUUUUUUACCUAUUCAUCAUAUUCUUAAAUCUGACACUGAUUGCUACAAUCUUCCUGGAGAAAUCCCUCCAUGAGCCCAUGUACAUCUUCAUCUGUAACUUGAGUGUUAAUGCACUGUAUGGAACUGCUGGAUUGUAUCCAAAACUCCUGGCUGACUUUCUCUCAGAUACUCAUGUGAUCUCCUAUUCUGCAUGUAUUAUUCAAAUUUUUGUGAUCUACUCUUUUGUUUUCUGUGAAUUUACCAUCUUAACAGUGAUGGCCUAUGACAGGUAUGUGGCAAUAUGCAGACCCUUAGAGUACCAUUAUGUCAUGACGCCUAAAACAGUUAUCACAUUUUUGAUGAUUUCUUGGAUUUUUCCUUUCUGUGAAACAUUGAUUCCCAUUUUGUUAGCUAUCAGGUUGCCUUUAUGUGGCUCUCACAUUGACAAACUCUACUGUGAAAACUGGGCGGUUGUCAAGCUGUCUUGUGUAGAUACAACCCUAAACAAUGUGCUUGGGUAUAUUCUAUUUCUUAAAUAUGUUGUAAAAUUUAUAUUUAUUUUAUAUUCCUAUAUACUGAUUAUCAGAGCAUGUUUGAAGUCUAGCGAAGGCAGACGUAAGUUUAUGCAGACCUGUUUGCCACAUUUGAUCACAUUAAUCAGUUUCACGGUUACCAUGCUCUUUGAUGCAAUGCACACACGUUACGGAUCCAGAAACAUACCACAGACUAUUCGAAAUAUCAUGGCAGUGGAGUUUUUAGUCAUCCCUCCUCUUCUAAAUCCUCUCAUAUAUGCCUUAAAUCUCACACAGAUUCGCAGAACAGUUUUCAGGUUGUGUAACAGAAAAAUUAAGUCCCAUCUGUAA